AUGUCAUUCAAUGGUACAAACUUCAAUGAAACUUUCGGUGGAGAAACCGAAAGUACUGUUGAGAUGAAGUCUGUGUCUUUCUACACACCUUUGAUCUAUGUGUCAGUUUUAGUUAUCUCAUUGAUCACUUUCGCUUCUCAUUACAGAAAGAAGACGAUCAAAGAGCUAACCGAAUUACCAUCUAUUUUUGACGAAUCAGAUGCCAGGGACUUAUAUUUUCAACUGAAACAAAUGAAAGAGCUCGAUAAUGUGAAAGUCCACGAUAAAGUAAUCAAAGCCGCUUUGCUAAAUCGUGGCGCAGAAGCCAUUAGAAGAUCUCUAAAGUUGAAAGAAUCGGAGCCUCAAAUAACAUUACUAUACAAAAAUGGCUCUGUCGGAGAGGACUACUGGAAGCGGUAUCAAAACGAAGUGAAACUUGUAGAUUUAGAGUUUAAAGAAACCCUUCAAGAAGCAGAAAUGAUGCAACCUGGCUGGGCUCAAUUGUUUGUUGCUGUUUGUAAAGAAAUUUGUUUCAAUCAAGCAUUGAAGAGGCGUUAUCAAGCAGAAUUGGCGCGUAAAGAAAUCUUCACCGAGCAGUGGCAUCUUAAGUUUGACGAUAAUGGCAAACUGAUUGAAUAG